AUUCGUCGUUCGUGCUCGUUGAUUUUACGACCACUCAUGCCAUUUUUAUUUAUAUGUAGUGUGGGGUAACGAAGUCGUGGAAGAUUGUGCGGAUAGUUUACAAUUGUUUGAAAAUAAUAUAAAAUAAUUCAAUCUAGUGAUGUAGUUGUAAUGUGAUAAACAAUUGUACACGUAAUAAGACACAUUUCCGUAAAAUCAGCGUUAUUAUAUUAACAUAAACGCUGAACGGGGUAGUGAUCACUGUGUAUACGACCAAAUUUUUCACGUCUGUGCUCAACAUAAAAUGGAUUAUCGCCAAAAGAUGGUUUUGGCUUCUCAACAAAAGUUUCAUACUGAUGAUGACGAUGAUGAAGAUUUAGAAGCUUUACGUUUAGCUGCGUUACAGUCAUUAAGGACAAAAGAUACUUUGCAUAAUAAAAGACAAUCUUUAACUCAAUUACAAAAAGUUGUCCCGCAAGUAACACAAAUUGCACGUCCUUCAUAUAAACCACAAAGGUUACCAAGAAGGGCCCAUUUCCAUAAUAGAUUGCAACAAAGACAGAAUGGUAAUCUCUAUUAUCCAAGCCCUCGAAACCCCAAUUUAAUAGCUAUUGUUCCUGUGGAUGAACAUUCUGAAUUACAAAAUAUUGAAGUAACCCCUGCUGUAAAUGUAGAAAAGACUGAUAUUCAUGCAGAUAUAAAAGCAGCAGAAGAGUCAAAGUUUCAUCGCUAUAAAGAUAGUGGAAGCGGAUCAGAAGAAGAUGAUCAAAAAGGCCAUACAAAUAAUUUACCACAGUUAAAGGGAGAAUCUGUUAAAACUAGUAGCAUAGAAAAUGAAGAUGCUACAAAACAAAAAGAGAAUCAACCAGAAGUUAUAGAUGACUGUCAAAAGAAUGAAGAAGAAGAGGAUAUCAAUGACGAUGAUGAUGAUAUACUCUUGAUGGCUGAUCUGGAAGAAGAAGAUAGUUUAGAACGAUUAAUGGAUGAAAUGGAACGAGAGAUGAAUGUAGACAAACCAGUAGAAAAGAAAGAAAAAGAAUCAAAUAAAAAGGAUAGUAAACAAGGUGAUGAGAAUAUUAUUCAAGAAGCAAAAAAGAAUGAAGAAAAUAGUAAUAGGAAGGAGAAUAAUAACCAUGCUACAUCAUUUACCAUAAAUGUUAGAUGUGAAAGAAGAUCGGUAUCUCCACAUAUACCGAGUGGAGUUUCUCAAAAACGAAGGUCCUUAUCCCCAAAGUCUCGGAGUAGGAAGAGAUCCCCGAGAAGAUCUCCACGGAGAUCGCCAUUAAGACAAAUAAAAAAGUCACAAAGAGAAAUGACAAAAUAUAAGUCUCCUGUAAGAAGAUCCCCUCACAGAAAAUUAUCACCAAGAAUAAGAUCACCCAGAUUGUCGCCGCAUUCCAGGUCUCCAAAAUUAUUAAGAUCUAGAUCGCCAAGGAUAUUAUCACGUUCAAGAUCUCCUCCUAGACCAACUCGUUCUCCUAAAAUAACAUCCAGAUCGCCUAGAUUGACACGAUCGCGAUCUCCGAUUAGAUUGUCACCGCAAACAAGAUCACGUUCGAAAUCGAGUUCUCCGCGUCGAUUGUCUCCAUCAAAGAGAGUAUCACCACGAUCUCGUUCACCAGGGUUUUCUCCUCGAAGAGGAUCACCUCGAAGGAUGUCACCUCCAAAAAUUUCACCAAGAAGGUCGCCUUGGUCAUCCCCUAGAAAUUCUCCUCGUCUUUCGCCAAGGCGAAGAAAGUCACCUAAAGUAUCACCCAAAGAAUUACCCAGAAAACAUGGGCCGUGCUCUGUAAGCCCUGAUAAUACUUUAAAUUCUUUAUACAUUAAAGAAUCACCUCCGAUGCAUAAACGAAGAUUGUCUCCUGAAUCUUAUAGAGAAAAAACGAAACAGAAGGAAGAGAAUUCCGAAAAAGUUGAUUCAGGUGAUGUUAAAGAAUCAACUGAUAAUACAAUAAAUGAUUCAGUCUUGGAAGCACGAAGAAGGAAAUUCGAAUCUACAAGACCAAUAGAUCCUGUACUUGCUAAUAAAAAAAUUAAGUUAAGUAAUUCAAAUAAGAAGACAGAAGUCUUAGAUAGAACGCAAACUAUCAGCACAAAAAAAAUUAAUAAGUUAACAGACGAUGAUCAUAAUGUUAGAGACAGAGAUAUAUGUUUGGAUACAACUUAUGAAUUCGAAGAAUUAGGUGAUACCAUGGAAAAUACUUCUCCGAUACCUAUUAGCAGUUCAAUCAAUUCGUGUAUAAAUGUGGAAUCGUCAAAAACAGAAAAAGAAAAGUCAUCUAAGAAGAAGAAAAAACGUGAUAAGGAAAUAUAUCAAGUUGGAAAAUUAAAAAGUGAAUUACCUCUAUCCGAACGUAUUGGUAAAGAUAAAAAAUGUAAGAAAAGAAAGGAUAUUAUCACAGAAGUUCAAAAUGACGACGUAGAUGCGAUAUUUGAGGAUAUAGCUGUAGACGAAGAAGGUGACUUACGAGCUGAACUUAGUAGAAGACGUGCUGAGCGAUUAAACAGAUCCGUGCCAAUUCAAUCAGCAAGACUUGUACAAUCAGCUUUCAAAGGAGUUGUUAAUGAAGUUGUAAAAAAUAAUGCAAAAGUAAAUCAGAGGCAUGUAAUCAAAAGCGAUGAAAAAGUUAAUCAAAAGGAUGUCAGACGAGUUACUGUGGUUAGAUCAGUUUCUGAAUUACAUGAUUCUGGAGAUGAAAGCAACCUUGAUUCAAAGGUACCCGUACGUUUCAGACUAGGUCUUAACAAACAAGUCCAAGACACUAGAGAAACAAAGGUAUCACGAAAAACAUCCAAAAGACAGAAUCGCAAGGAAUAAAGUAAAUCCGCGUUCAUCUGAUUGCUUACAUAUUUAUACGAAGAGAUGUCCAUCUUCCAUCAUUUUUUGUCAACGUAGGAAGAUGUAAGCAUAUUAGGGGUUAAACUAUAUUGCAAGUUGCAAAGAUAUACACACAUACAGUGAAGGAUAAAGCAUCGUGUUAAUUAACGAAAGACAAUAUCCAAAAUUUGCACACUUUAUGUCUAUUUGUAUUUAGUUAUUUAUUGUUAAGUAUUGCUAUUAGAUUUUUGAUUACAAUUAUAUUAAAUCAUCUCUGUUUUUUGUUGAAGUACGUGUACAUAAUUUAAAUCAAUCACUCAUUUAAUAAACACGAAUCAUUAAUUAUCCCAAAGUCACCCUUUGCACACCUAAAAUAUGUAUUAUGACAUAGAAAUAUUGUAUAAUAAUAUUGUCUGUACAUAUAUAAAGAUAAAUGGUAUAAAUCGAUCGGUUAAAAAUUGGUUAAUCAUAUAAAAAAUAUGUAGAAUAUUUUGUAAAUUGCAUUAAUGUGUCAUUGUGCAUCCUAAAAAUGAGUUGUGUAAAUUCCAUUAUAUAGAUGGAGGAAAACCAGUUUAGUUGACAUUGAAUUACUUAUACCAUGUACGUUUAAAGUAAAUGGAUACUGUGGGUAUAUUCAAAUUCGACUGAUGAAUAUUAUGCUAUAUAUCAAAAUAGCUACCUGCAAAAUAUAAUUCUACGUCGUAAAUAUUCAUAUUCAUAUUUUAGUAAUAGAUGUAUAUAUAUAUUAUAUAUACAUUAGCGAUAUUAAAAAUACUUUAUAUAUAUAAAAAUUUACUUUAUAU